GUUAUUGGCCCCAUGGCAGUUUCUGACAUUAAAGCAAAACUUAAGCUGAAUCCUCUAACUAAAGUACCCAGCUCCCGUGGCAAGAGGGAUAAAUAUUUACCAGGAUAUCUCCCCUGCCAAAGCAAAGAAAAGACGCUGAAUGCUUCACAAAUGCAAGCCUUCCAAGAUGCCUACAACUUCUUUAACAAGGAUAAAACUGGCUGUAUUGAUUUACAUGGAAUGAUGUGCACUUUAGCUAAGCUGGGAAUGAAUCUAACCAAGCAUGAUGUCUAUAAUGAAUUAAGAUGUGCUGAUAUUGAUCAAGACGGGAAGGUGAAUUUCUCGGACUUUAUAAAAGUCCUAACAGAUAAGAACCGCUUCCUGAAAGCUGUGGUUCCAGAAAAGGAGAAAUGUUUAGAUUUAGCCGGCAACCCAGGGAUCCUGUUGUUUGAAAUCCUAUCAAAGCUUGUAGAGACUUCAGCUUUACCCAGAAGGGCUAUAAUGGAAAUAGUAAGCUAUUUCCAAAGAAAAUUCCAGGAUUCCACAUUGGGAAUGCCGUGGAGUCCCUACACUGUCGGUUAUGGGAAAAGAAGAUUGAAGCCAGACAUCUGCACACCUCCAGCCUCAAGCACAGCUGCCUUUGCUAAUGCUGCCCGGAUCUCAAUAAUGAAAGAAAAGGAUUUACUUAAAUUGCUUGAAGAGAUCAAGAGGUACAGUCCUCCUUCAGAUAGCCCAUAUUCCAAAAUACCCAUCUUUCCCUUGUUUCCUAAUGUGGAUGGGGUGGUGAUGGGAAAGCCAUUCAAAGACAUACAGAAAUUAGAAAUGCUAAGGAGAAGGGAGCCUCUGGAUUUCUUUGAGAACUAUUUUUUCCAUAAAAGAGACUGGAAGACACAGGCAGCAAAUAUAAAGCCUUUCGACCCAGUCUCAGGCUACCCAAAUGACAUCCUCGCCAUUGACCAACUACUCAAGAAGAAGCAGAACUGGACCGUGACCGACGCAGCCGCCAUUAAACAGCAUGUGAAGAGGGCUACAGAGGCCUAUAACUUGGGAAUUGCCCUUGAGCACCGGAAAGACAUGCUAAACCUCUGGCGGAAGAUCCGAGGAGAUCUGAUUGGAAUAGACACUAAAAAUGAGGCCUUUUAUGACACCUUUUCUACCUAUACAUGGUCCUGGAAUGUUUGCCAGGAAUUACUUUCGCCGAAGGACUUAAGGUUAUAUGAUGCCUACAUGAAUAGGAACACCUUCCACAACUCUGUAUCCUCUUCUUCCUCGGAUAUCAGUGAAUGUGACAUAGAGAUAGGAAGAAAAAGAAAACGGAAAGGUUCCAGAGGGUUCCGACAAUGA